UACUAAAGUUUUUGAAUUUAGAUUUCAAGUAGAAAGAAGUGGAAUUUCGAUGGUGAAGUCGAAGAUUGUAUAUGGAAAGAAAAAGAAUCGUGGAGUAAAUUGAGUUGCCAUUAUGGGCGGGUGAAGGCUGUUUCUUUCUCCUCCACACCCUCAAGCGGCUCUCUCUCUCUCUCUCGCAAUCUUUUCCAAGAAAGGAGCUGGGUUGUCUUCUGCAAUUUUUCCUUCAUCAUAUCAUAAAGAUCUAUUUUGCUAAAGAAUUUGAUGGAAGACAAACAACUGGAUUUUAAUCAGCCACUUCUCUCUGUGAGGCGUUUCACAUCACCAGGAGCGGCAUCUGAUUCUGAGUGCAAAAAGAAAACUGAUACUUCACUCCCCAAGAUACUCCGUCCGCCCAUUUACAAAUCAGAAUUGAAAUCAGGACCAGUAAGAAAUCCUGGAACAGUUCCAUUUGUAUGGGAGAAAACCCCAGGACGACCAAAGGAAGAAAGCAAUUCACAAGCUCAGGCUCUUGAACAGCCUCUGCUUGCCCCAAGGCUUCCACCUGGGAGGAUUUUGAAUGAUAAGCAGCAUUCUUCAAGAAAAGGGUUCAACGGUAAAACAUUUACUCCAUCUCAAACAGGAACUGUCCCUUCCUGUUCUCAAAAAGUUUCAUCUUUGAAGAGGAAUGAAACUAAAUACGAGAGUUCCAGUGGAGAUAUGGAGGAGACAGGGAGCUCUGGUUCAAAGGAUAGUGAUGAGGCAUAUGUAGAUGCGCUUGAUACAUUUUCACGAACAGAGUCAUUCUUCUUGAACUGUAGUAUUAGUGGUGUGAGUGGGUUCGAUGGUCCUGAGAUCAAACCAUCUGGGAUCUUCACAACAGAUCCGCAAACUCGGGAUUUCAUGAUGGGUCGUUUUUUGCCUGCGGCAAAGGCAGUAGCAUCAGAAAUACCUCCGUACGCUUCUAGGAAGCAACCUGUAGCACGAGAGCCACAGAGACAGGUAAAGAAGGUAGUCAUUGUGGAUAAGCAGCAACCACUUUAUGUGUCCAGCCCAAACAAGUUCCCAAAUCACGCACAAGAUGAUUGGUUGGAAGAAAGUGAAGGUGAAGAUGAUUAUAGCGGGUCUCAAAACUCUUCAGCAAAAGUUUGUGGCUUAUUUCCUCAGUUCUUGCUUAAAAGUUCCUUCUGCCUUUUGAACCCGGUACCAGGGAUGAAAAUUCAGGCUCAGAAACCGGCGAAACCAGCCCACUCUGUUCGUAGAAGACAGGCUAAAUCCUCAUAUUUAAGAUCUGGCAAUGAAACUGAAAGCGAGUAUGCCAAGGCUGCUACAGAGAAAGGCUUAACACGUAUAUCUCGAACAGAAGAGCUAAUUGAAGAUAAGAAUAAUCUAAAGAGUGGAUCUAGCCAUAUGAGUUAUAGGAGUGAUUGUCAGAAUCCGGAUGCAGCAUCUCUGUCCAGGCAUUUGCAGGGUAAUGUUGUAUCAUCCUAUCCUAGUCAAAUUUCCCAGUUGGUCCAUCAAGAAAAAGGGUUUCUUGGUAUUCCGGAAAAAGCUAAAAAUUAUGGGGUUAGUAGCAUUGAUCCGCUUGAAAAAGGAAGCAACAAUUUUCAAGAAUUACUGGCCCUCCAGAGUAAAUAUCAGGAAUCAGGUUUAGACAGCCCUGUGGUUGAGAAAACUCUUUAUGUAGAUUCUGUACACAAGGUAAUAUCAACCAAUCCAUAUUUUUCAGCUACCAAGACAGCUCAAGGCAUGGAGGAUGAUUCUGAGAUUGUAGUUAAACCUGGGAAAGUGGAGGAGACUCCUUCAGUAGAUUCUUUGUUACAGGAUAUCAAGCACUUGAAUUGCGUGGUUGAUGAUAAGGUGAUAGUGCAGCGUAAAAGCUUGGAGUCUGUGGAUUCAUAUUCCCUGUUUCCUUCUGAAAAAUAUGCUCCUGAGAUGGAAUUGGAUGCAACAAAUGGUUCCAGAAGGGAUCAAGAUUUGAUUAAGGAUUCUUGUAAAUUGACAAGCCUAAAUGUGACCGACAACAAAAAGGAUGAUAUGGAAAGCCAACUGCACGUUAAAUUAAGUUAUCGAGAAACUUCUCAUGGUCUCGUACAGGACUCUAUUACAUUAACAAAAUCAAAAGUAGGCGGCCGUAGAAAGAUUGGUUUAGAAAGUCACCUGCAAAAGAAAUCAAGUAACCAGGAAAGUUCUCAUGGCAGCUACUCAAAACUUCCUCUUGCCCCACCUUUACCAAAAGCUCCAUCAGAGUCUUGGUUAAAGCGCACCUUGCCCACUGUUUCCUCGAGGAAUUCAUCUUCACGGUCUUGUCUCGCCACCUGUAACUACAGUGGAACUCAGGCCUCCCUUGCUCCCUCUAGUGAUCCCAAGUGGGAAACCAUUGUUCGAUCUUCUAAUGUACAUCACGGCCAUUUGCGGUUUUCUGAGGAGCAACUUCCGGCAAUACCCGAAGCUUAGAAAUACAAAGACUUUGAGUCGGCAGGCUCAGCCAUUUGCUAUGGUUGGAUCCAUUGUUUUAAUGGGUUAAUGGAUGCAGAAAGAUACCUUAAAUCCCCUUUCAAAAGUUUUCUCUACAGAUGCUCUCGGUAUAUAAUGGAAAGCUGUAAAAGUGUAAAUCAACAUUUCCAUUAUCACACUGAAAUAAGAAGCUACAGUUGUAAUAUCUUGUAAAUCACAUCAAUUAGUUCAUUGAGUACAUAGAUACAGGUCCAAUAAUCCUGUAUUUUGAUUCUUUUGUAAAGGAAUUCGGGAGCUUUCUCCUCUUAUUUGCAAUAAUAGGAGAAAAAUGGUUUACACUAUUAA